CUUAGCUUCCAUUCACCCCGCUACAUAAAUCUAUUCUUUGUCCCUCCCUUCCAGAUUUCUAUUCUAUUCUCCUCAUCAACACAAUCACAUCACAUCAAAUCAAAUCAAAUCUCUUCAAUAACUCGAUAUCUCAAUUCAAGUCCUUCCAAGUACUUCUAAUUGAUCCUUCGAUCAAUCACUUCAAACUCACAUCAUGUCUCUUCACUGUAUGUAUAUUACUUCUACUAUGGAUUCCUGUGAUUUGAGAGAUGCUGGAUCGGUUGGGCGAUGGUGUUGAAGAUAUUGUGAGGGAGCUUUAUAUGGUAUAUCAAGCCUGGAAGCUGUCUAUCAUUUAUACUUCCAAGUUGAAUGCCAUCAAAACUUCUCUACCAACUCUUCAAAUCAUCACCAUACUCUCAUAUCCAUCUUCAAUCCACUCCCAAAUCCCUCAACCCCACCAAUUAGCAUCGACUAACACUUAUCCCAACAGAUCUUCCACCAGUCAAGCCAUCGGCUAUUGCCCUCGGCACAAUCUUCAACCACGCCGCCUCCCUUGCUGUCCUCGGCCCAGUCUUUGGCGAUACCUACCACAGAGCUCAAGCUGCCAACUCCAAGGAAGAGUUUGUUAAAUCAAAGGAGGCUGCUUCCGCUGCUGCUGCAUGGGGAACUUCUCUCAUUGGUAGUGCUGUUCAAUCAUAUGGUGUUGGAGCUUUGAUCAAUGCUACUGGUACCCUUUCAUACAAGGGCGCUGCAUACUUGGGAUCUUUGAUUUUCAUGGCUUCCUCUGCUCCUUCUGUAUGUCAUCUUACCCAUCCUUUUUAUAAACCAUGGAAAUGGAAAUCUUUGAAUAGAACAUAAUACUAACAAGCUUUAGUUCAUCGCACAAAUCACCACUGAGAAGCGACCACUCGACACCGUUGCCGUUGGAGCUCUUGCUCGCGUCUUCGAGACUGUCGGUCUCUCUCUUUUCCUUACAUGGUGGGGAACUCACACCAACCCAUUCGAGUAAAUGUAUUAGGAUUUGAUAUAAUAUGGCAUGGAAUAACGGAAAGGGAUUAUGGUAUAGGAAGGAAGGGUUGACGUUCGGGUAGGGUAUCCCGUAUCGUCUUUGUAUUAUCUCGAUUCAGAAUCGAUUCACUUUAUGACUUUAUGAUUUAUUUGUCAUCAGUCUCGCGCAACUGUAAUAGGAGAAUAUGAAAUUUAAA